AUGCUAUUUAGUUUCGAUUUUCUUUCAACUGAUUUGGGAUACUGGACUCUAGACAAAGCUACUGCUGAAAUUAAUAAUGGAAUCCAUAAACUUUUGAUGAAAUGGGCUGACACACCUGUUACUAUGGGCUAUAAAUGUUCCAAUAUGGGACGUGUUUUGGCUUCUAACUCUGAUCCUAAAGUUGAAUUUGUGUUUCACGGAUUUCAGGUUCAACCCUUUGGCAUUACCAAUGGUGUCUUCACGGAUGCCGAAGAUUGCGUAGGAUUUAUGUCGCCUGAAAUUUUUUCAAGCCUAUUUGUAAUUUUCUUACUGCUCGGAAUAUUCGCUUAUGGAUUCCUUAUGCUCACGAGCAUCCAGACAAAUGAUACUUUUGAUGAUCCAAAGCACAAAAUGAUCCAAUUAGGCUUGUCUACUGAGUAG